CCUAUAAGGUGAUGCCAAACGAAGCCAUAGUUUAAUUGGGACCCCAUACCUUCUUUACAAAAGAGGUUAAAUUACAUUUCCUUUGUUGGAUUACAUGUGUAUAUGAGUACUACUACUCCGUAGUCCGUAUUAUAUACACGGCCUCACUUCAAAAUAUCUAGAGCGGUCUAUCUGUCAUCAACAAGACAAACGUAUAGUCGCAUAUCAAUCUAGGGUUCCGCCGUGCGACGCAACCUCCUCCAUUAAUUCCCAACCCCUCAGCGACUCCAGUGCGAAUCAGACCGCGAUGCAGCAUUCAUUCUCAGGGGUCCCGCCGUCAAUGGCCCCGCAACAGCAGUACCAGCAGUAUCAUCAACAGCAGUAUCUUCAACCGCCGCACCAGUGGAUGGGACAGCAACCACCACCGCAGCAGCCGCCCUACCAGGCCCCUCCGCCGCAGCAGCAGCAACAACAAUCGCCUUAUUAUUACCAGCAGCCGCAGUCGCAGGGCAUCGUUCCUCCACCGUCUCUGCAGAAUCAACAGCCACCGCAGUACAACGACUCUGCCGCUGCUCAACCGGCCAGCUCGGAUGAGAUCCGCAGCCUCUGGGUUGGAGAUCUGCAGGGCUGGAUGGAUGAGGAUUACCUCACCAGAUGCUUUUACGCUACUGGGGAGGUUACCUCUGUUAAAGUUAUCCGUAACAAGCUAACUUCACGAAACGAGGGGUAUGGCUUUAUUGAAUUUACCAGUCAAGCAGCUGCUGAAAAGAAUCUUCAUGCUUAUAAUGGCACCCCAAUGCCCAAUGCUCAGCAGAACUUCAAACUUAACUGGGCUUCUCCAGGUUCAGGAGAAAAGCGUUUUGAUAAUUCUCCCGAGCACACUAUUUUUGUUGGAGAUUUGGCUGCUGAUGUCACAGAUUACGUGCUUCAAGAGACAUUCAAAGUCAACUACCCUUCAGUGAAGAGUGCAAAGGUUGUUACAGAUAGGGCCACUGGAUGCACCAAAGGCUAUGGGUUUGUGAAAUUUGGCGAUCAAAGUGAGCAGCAACGUGCUAUGAUUGAGAUGAAUGGAAUGUAUUGCUCAAGCAGACCAAUGCGGAUUGGGGUAGCUGCUAAUAAAAAGAAUCUGGGCACCCAGCCACAAGGUACUUGUCAAAAUGGCCAAGAGACUCAAAGUGAUGAUGACUUGACUAACACAACUUUAUUUGUCGGGAAUUUGGACACCAAUGUUACAGAUGAUGCUCUUAGGCAGGUAUUUUCAAACUACGGGCAGGUGCUUAACGUGAAAAUACCGGCAGGCAAGCGUUGUGGUUUUGUUCAAUUUGCUGACAGGAAUAGCGCCGAGGAAGCCCUGCAGAACUUAAAUGGAACCCAGUUGGGAGGACAGAGCAUUCGUCUUUCAUGGGGCCGUAGUCCUUCAAGCAGACAGCCGCAGGCUGAACAGAACCAAUGGAACAGUGGAUACUCUGGAUACACUCCUGGAUAUGAAUCCUAUGGGUACCCCCAUGGUGGUGGUGCUGCUACCCAGGAUUCAAAUAUGUACUAUGGAGGAGGGUAUGGUAAUUAUCCACCACCCCCACAGCACCAGCAGCAGCCUCAGGGAUACACUGGGUGAGGCCACUGGUUUUUUCCCCUUCUGAGUUAGAGAAUGUAAUAUAAUAGCUAAGGCCACUACUUUCCUCCUUUUGGGCUUAGUGGUGCAUGUCUCUGAGUGAUUUUUUGUUGUGUGGACUGAUGUGCCCUUUCAGUAGCUUUUUAAAAUGCAUUCCUGCCUCCCACCAUUAUCUUCUACUAUCUUGGAUUUACUUUUUUAAUGAUUUUUUUUUUCAUACAAGAAAAACAGGCAUGUUAUUGAAGGGAAGCCUUCAUUCUCUUUUGGAUGACCAACAUCUUGUCUAGUUGUGUUUUGUCAUCUCCCCAAAUGUUUGGUUGGUUUCUAUAAAUGUUGAAUCUUGGU